AUGUCAUUUAAAUUGACUACUAUUUGUUUAAUUGAUUCAAUUAUUAGCAUUAAAGAAACAAAUGAUUUCAUAGUUAUUGAAGCUAAUGCCACUGCAAGAGUGAAAAAAAAUAGCAAUAACAAAGAUGACAUUUUUAAUUUCCAUUUAACUGUGUUUUAUAAUAAAAAUUUAUCAAUACCUUCAUUUAUUGAUGAGAUAAAAGAAGACACGAUUUAUGAAAUAUCUGAAAAAGUUAAUUUAACUGAAUUUUCAAAAACUAAUGAAAUAAAAGUAACAAAGAAAACCAAAAUUUCAACUAAAAAUUUAUACACAAGUGUAUUAAAUAUCUAUCUAACUGGUGCAGAGGAUAAGGAAUACCAAAUAAAUUGUAGAUUUCUAAACAUUGAUCAAAGGUUGUAUAAUAAAACAAAUAAUAUGAAUGAAAAUUCACAUUUACUUGUUUGUGGUGAAUUAACUCUUGAUCCUAAUAGUCAGAUUAUUGUUGAUAUCCUUGAUAUUAAUUAUUUACCAGGUUAUCAACAAAAAACACACAUAAAAUCAACAGCACAAUUAUCAACAACUCAUAAUUGGGAUAACUCAGAAGAAACUUAUAGAAGAUCAAUUUCAAAAAUAAUUGAUAAAAAAAUUAUUGUUCUUGAUAGUAAUGAAGAAAAUUUAGCAUUAGAUAAUAAUAAUAACGAAGUUAAUCAUAUUAAAAACAAUGCCAUUGUUGAGACUAAAGAAAAUAAUAAUAAUGAUGAUGAUAAUGACACUAAAA